AGCUUGUUGGCGUGGGACUUCUGCAAUUUCAACUUAUUGGUUUGUACUUUGUUUGUUUUGUUUCUUUUUGUGUUUUCAGAGAUAUGUCUCGUGUUCACAGGUGCCUCGUCGACAGCUGUUCAUCCACAUCGGAGACAGCAAACCUGUACCGGUGGCCUCGCAGCGUAGAUCUGGAACGAGUAUGGAUAAACCUCCUAAGGUCUCACAGUUCAAGAUUAACAUCGUCACUUACGCACCGGAACCGCAUUCAUAGGCAUGCCUAUGUUUGCAAACUUCACUUUGAGGCUGUUCGGACAGUGGGAGAUCAUGCUUAUGCUGUACCACUGCAGAUAAAUGCAGAGUUGGUGACCCGGAAAACAAAAAGGACCACAGAACACAGACCACACACACAAUAUUCAACAUAUCGACUGACAAAAAUAAAAGUGACGUUACUUAGUUUAACAUGUUCGAUGGUUUAACACGAAAAUGUGACAUGAUAAUGUGCUUUCUCGCUGUUUUCAAGAAUUUAGUGACACUUUAUCCAUGUACUUUUCCGCAUUUAAUAUGUAAUAAUUUUGUUGGUGUAUCGAAUUUUGCAUAAACGAUUUUUAUAAUUACUACUGUGAGUUCGAUAACUUAAAAAAAAACUGAUCGUUAUGUUUACUUCACUACAAAUCUUUUGAUAUAUAAUUAUAUAUUUUCUUGUUGUUUCUAAUGUUGGAAGAUGCGAAGAGAAUGAUAAAUCUGAAAAAGAUGCCACUAGAAUUUAAGUUGCAAAUUAAAGUAAAAAUUAAUUAGACUUCAUGUUUAGUCGGUAGAUGUAUUACUAUAAACGAAUGAUGUUGGCUUUUGACUUAAAUGCUCUAAUCCGCCUAGCGACCUUUUGUUUAAUAAUUGUGUUUUGUUAUUCACUAAUUGUUAGAUUCAAAAGAUGUGUUGCUGGGAGUUUCUUUCGCCGUUUCUUCUCCCAUGCAUUAACACCUUUACGAAACGGUAGUAGCUUUCGUUAUUAAUAAACAGAUAUA